AUGGAUAUCUCCCGCAUCAUCAAGCCGUGGAAGCGCCAAGCGCACAAGACCUUCGUCUUCACAAAUGCCACAAUCAUCGACCCAGUCGAGGGCGCCCUGAUCCCCAACGCAACCGUCCGAAUCGCCAACGGCAAAAUCACCCAAAUCAACACAACCCCCUCCGAGGCCCCCGAGCCCACCGCAGAAGAGACCGUCAUCGACCUGACCGGCAAAUACCUGUGCCCAGGUUUGAUCGAUUGCCACGUCCACAUCGCCGUCGUGCCCGGCGAGGCCGAUCUCCGCGCCUACAAGGACAUGACCGAGCGCAUGAGUCUUGUCCGUCAGCCCCACGUCCUGAAGACGAUGGUGCAGCGCGGAUUCACUUCCAUCCGGGACUGCGGCGGUGCGAGUCUGGCUAUGAAAGAGGCCGUGGAGGAGGGUGUGCUUCCCGGCCCGCGUAUGUUCAUUGCUGGAUUUGCGCUCUCGCAGACGGGCGGACAUGGAGAUAUGCGUGGACCCCAUUCUGAGGAGUUGUGCUGUGGUGGUACUAUUUCGGGCAUUAGUCGAAUUGUUGAUGGGCCUGCUGAAUGCUAUAAGUAUGCGCGUGAGGAGCUGCGCCAGGGAGCUGAUUUUAUUAAGAUUAUGGGUGGUGGUGGCGUGGCAAGCCCUACCGACCGCAUCGACCAUGUCCAGUUCUCCGACGAGGAGAUCAAGGCUAUUGUCACUGUUGCCAAGAAUGCCGGUACUUACGUGACAAGUCACAGCUACACACCCCAGGCCAUCCAACAAGCGAUCAACCUCGGCGUGCGCGGAAUCGAGCACGGCAACCUGAUUGACCUGGAAACGGCCAAGUUGAUGGCUGAGAAGGGCACAUUCCUGACACCUACUCUGAUUGCGCACGUCAUGUCCAAGCAGAUGAACUUCUUGCCUGCUGAAAGCGCGGCCAAGAACGACGAGGUCCUGGAGAAGGGAUUGCGCGCUAUGAAGAUGGCUGUGGAUGUCGGAGUCACGGUCUGCUUCGGUACUGAUCUUCUGGGUCCGAUGCACUUUGCGCAGAGCAAGGAGUUCUCUGUUCGUAGCAAGGUUCUUACGCCUAUUCAGAUCUUGCGCAGUGCCACUAUCAAUGCUGCGCGUCUGCUUAUGCAGGAAGACCAGUUGGGUCAGAUUCGGGAGGGAUUCACUGCUGAUAUGUUGAUUCUUAAUGCUAAUCCUUUGGAGGACAUUACGGUUUUGGACCGGGCGGAUGAAAGCAUUCUCAGUGUUAUCAAGGAAGGAAGAGUUAUGACUUCCCGCUGGGAGAAGUUGACAGCUGAAGUGUAA